UCUGAGAGAGCAAGAAGAGAAGGGUCAAACCCAAGCACUUUACCAGACAGCAGCAGUGUUCUAGUCAAAUGUUAGUGUGAUUUAGUGCAUCUAGAGGAACUCGAGCUCAUUUCCUGCUCUAUAGCUGCUGUUUGUCUUGUGAACGAGUAGGCAUUGCUAACGUUGAUGGAAUUGAUAGAUUGAUUGAUAGAAGGUUGAUUGAACGUUGCUGGUGGUGCGAGGAACAUUGAUGGGGUUGCUGUGCUAUAUGGUAGUUUGGGGCUAGGUGCACUUGUGAUAUUUAGUCUGAAAUAGAGAUGGAGAGGGAAGAAGAACCCCAAGUUAAAGAGAAGGAGCACUCCAAAACCCCAGAGGUGAAGGUCCCCAACAAAUCAGAGACUAAGCGCUACAGCGAGAUCUUCCGGGACUUCGAUAAUUUUGAACUCUCUUUGGUCAACUCCACUGUAGAGGAGAUGUUUCCAGACCCUGACUCCCAGUCGAUUGCUGAGACCGUCUCUACGGAAACCACAGACAACACUGAGCUGGAUCAUCUGACGUGUGAGGAUGUCUACCCCCCAGAUGGUGAUGACAAAGAUGGAGGUCUAUCCGCCCAGGAAGCAGACCUGGCCCUGUGUCGCUGUGAGGGAGGCGUGGAGCUGGCCCUGCAGUAUGCCAAGAUGUGGUGCCGCUACGCCAAGGACCUGCUGGCCUGGAUGGAAAAGAGAAUCAGCCUGGAGCAAGAGUUUGCCAAGAACAUCAUAAAGGCAGCAGAAACGGUUAAGUCCUGUGUGGCUCAGCAGGACAUGAUGCCUCUGCAGUACAUCUACACCAUGGCCCUGGAGCACGAUGUGAAGACCAGCCAAUCUACUAAACAGAUAUCAGAACUGCUGCAGCAACGCUGCUACCAGGCCCUGGCAUCCAAGAAGAAUGAGAUUGAUAAGUGGCGCAGGGAGUUCAAGGAGCAGUGGUCCAGAGAACAGAGGAGGAUGAAUGAGGCGGUGGCGGCUCUGAAAAAGGCUCGUCAGCAGUACCUGCAGCGCAGUGAGGACCUGGAGAAGACCAAGGCUGUGACGGCCAAGGCCGGGGACGAGCUCACAGCGGGACACAAGACCCUGGACAAGAGGAGGAAGUCACGUGACGACGCACAGUCAAAGGUGAUGGAGGCAGAGAUGCAGUACAGACAGUGUGUGUGUGAGGCCCAGGACCACCAGAACAAGCUGGAGAGCUUGAAGGAGAAAAUCAUCGUUCACACCCGCAAACUCAUCUGCCAGGGGGACACUGUGCUCAAGGAGGCCACAGUGAACAUGUUCUACUUCCAGCGUCAGCAGACGGAGCCGGUUCCCCUGGGCUACCACAACCUGGAGUUGACCUGCAGGCCGUGUGAACCCGGGGAGCCCUACCUGCUCUACAUCUUUAGGAAGAGAAGCCAAGAACAGCCCCUACAAACCUUCACCUUCCAGGAGUUUGUCCCUCAGAACAAGAGUGGCCGUCGUAAGACCAGCAACCCUAGCUCUCUACAGGACUCCUCCCUGCCUGAAGAAAGUCUGGUUAAACGUAAGGGCUACAGUGACAGUGAGAGCAUCGGAGGCAGUCUGGAGUCUCUGUCCAGCCCAGCCCAUGGCAACAGGAGGCUUCCUAAAGCCCCCUCCACAGGGACAAUGUCAUCAGACGACCUGGAUGAGAGGGACAUAGGCACCGUCCUGGAAGGAGAUUGUGUGGACUCCACUCCAGAAAGGAACGGUACGGCGGGGAAGGUACGGACUACGUCCCGAGCCGCACUGACACACCGACUCCGGAAGAUGAAGAGCAAGAUGGUGAAGUGCAAACAGUGUGACAAUUACAUCGUGGUCAACGGCAUCGAGUGUGAGGAGUGUGGCAUGGCGGUUCACAGGAAGUGUCUGGAGGUGUUACAGCAUGAGUGUGAGAACAGAAAGGGUGUUCUGUUUGGGGUGGGUUUCUCCCUGUUGCCCCGGGACCGGCCUGACGAGGUGCCCUUCGUGGUCCAGCGCUGCACGGCCGAGAUAGAGAGCAGGGCCCUCACUCUACAGGGGGUGUAUCGUAUCAGUGGGUCGAAGCCUCGCAUCCAGAAGCUGUGUCAGGUCUUCGAGACCCAGAAGGACCAGGUCGACCUCUCUGACCUUUCACCUCAUGACGUCACCUCAGUCCUCAAACACUUUUUCAAGGAGCUUCCAGAGCCGCUGUUGACCUUUGAUCUGUACAAUGACUUCAUCUGGGUGGGCAAGGAGAUCCAGCGUCUCAGUGAGAGGGAGGCGACAGCAGAGACUCCUGGGAUAGUGGAGGACCUCACAUAUAGCCUGAGAGACCUGCUGGGGAGACUGCCCCCAUACCGCUACUACACACUGCAGCAUAUGAUGCGUCACCUCCACAGAGUAUCAGAGAACUACGAGGAGAACAAGAUGUCUCCCAGUAACCUGGGCAUCGUGUUUGGUCCGACCUUGCUGCGCCCGCUGGUGUCUGUAGACGUGUCCAUGGUGGCCCUACUGGAGACCACCUACCAGUCCCUACUGGUGGAGUUCCUCAUCACACACCACCAACACAUCUUCGACGCUCCACCUCCCGCCCCCACCACCCCCCUCCCUGACACCCCUCCCCGGGCGACGUGUUCAGGCGGGGCCCAGAAGACUGUUGCAGGGGCUGACCCUGGCUCUCAGGACCCCCCCGCAGGAGGAGCCUUGUCCAGAGAACGCCCCCGCUCUCUAGAGACUCGCACAAUCAAGAGAGACUUGAGUGAGGGUUAUAUAUCUGACAAGUCGUCAUCCAAUGAGGCAGUGGACCAGCUCAGCCCUGAAGCCAAUGAGAGAGCAGUCGUGGCUGUGAGGGGGGCAUCAGCAGAGGCUGCUGCUCUGGGUGAUCUGGUGUGGGGUCUAGAACCAGGGGACUCUCCCUCUGUGGGGACCCAGCCACAGAGCCACUUCAGUAGGCAGCCUGUCAAAUACCAGCGCCAGCCCACCCCGGGUCUCCGCCUCUCUGCGGGCACUACCAGGGCUGGGCUGCUCGGGGAAGAGGAGGAUGAAGAGGAAGAGAGGAGGAGAAACCAGUCGAGGAGCGAAGACAGCAGUCGUAGCCCCUCCCCUGACCCUGGUAGCCCGAGAAGGAAAAGCCUUCGAUUGGAGCUCCACCCCGAGAUCACCGCCUACCACCUGCUCAGCCAGGCUGGAGGCCACGCACCAGAGAACCAGACAGAAAGAGAGAAGACACGCCCAUAUGAGGUUCCACAGGGCAGACUGCGGGCGGGGACAGUGGUAGUAGAACCCUCAAUAGCUGCAACAGCAGUAGCGACACCGAGCACCGGUGCUCAGGAGGCGUGGCUUAGGAGUCGGUUAGCCACAUUGUCUCAGCUGAACGUGAACCAGUCCAAUAACAGUCAGGGGUGGUUGAGUGAGAGGCGGAGACAGGGCGGAGAGGAGGGUUUGAGUGGCCCGGGCCAGAGGAUCCUGUCAGGACUGAAGCUCAGACGCAGCCCCUCAGGACUGCAGCAACACUUUGUCUGAGGAAGGAUGAAACUUUAAACCAUAGAAUUGGAACCACAUUCGAGAAUGGACAUUCCUCAUUCAAAUCAACGUUUCGUGACUGGCAGGAUUCUAUUUCUAUGGUUAAACCCCUAGAAGGGAUGAAUUGUACUGUGUGUAACUUCAAAUGUUUUUUUACAAAUACAGUGAAAAUGUA